UUCUUUACUAUUUCCUUGCAGUGAUAACGCUUAUGUUGGGAGUGGCUUCGGAAAUUUUCGUUAGACCGGAACUGACAUCAUUUCUCGACCCACGGGAAAAACUGUCGUGACACAGCUUCCGCCCGUUAUACGUAGCCAUUAUUAGUGGAGUUGUGAGCCGCUGUAGUUUUCUUGUUACAGUCUGACAAGUACUUCGGUUGUGGUUCAAAACAUUCAAUCAUCUUUGAAAGCUAAGAUAAAGUACAUUAUACAAUAUAUCUGGAUUUGAGAUGCCUGUCAUGCCAGUUCCGGGUUUGGACUACAUGGGAAUCCCCAACCAGGCCCAUGGGCCAACAGCUAUGAAAUGGGAUCCCAAAAAUCUUGAAAUUCGUACCACUUCUGUGGAACGAACAUUGGAACCAUUAGUGAUUCAGGUUACGACUCUAGUAAACACAAAAGGUUCUUCAAAGAAAAAGAAAGGCCGUUCGAAAAGAGCUCAUGUUCUCGUAGCGGCUGUAGAGAAAGCAACAGGCAACUUUAUCGAACGCGGUGAACAGAUUGCUUAUGAAAAUCCAGACAUCCAGCAAGAAAUGUUGGCUGCAGUUGACGAAGUACGAAAAACAGGCGAGACCAUGAGUGUUGCCUCACGCGAGUUCGCCGAAGACCCAUGUUCGUCCCUAAAGCGCGGAAACAUGGUUCGGGCAGCACGUAACUUGUUAUCUGCUGUGACUCGUCUUCUAAUCCUUGCGGAUAUGGUGGAUGUUCAUCGUCUACUUAAAUCCCUUCGAGUAGUAGAAGAUGAUCUUGAGCGUUUGCGUGGAGCCUCAAGCCAAGCAGAACUAGAAGAAGGCAUGCGUAUGUUUGGCAGAAAUGCUUCUGAAUUGAUGGCACAAGCUGCUCGUCGUCAACAAGAACUUAAAGAUCCAGCUUUGAGAGAUGAUUUGGCUGCUGCUCGAGCUGUGCUCAAGAAGCAUUCAAUGAUGCUGCUAACGGCUUCAAAGGCUUUUGUUCGUCACCCUGAACUAGCAGCAGCUAAAGCUAACAGGGACUAUGUUUUGAAACAAGUUUGCCAGGCUGUUAGCGCAAUUUCCGACGUGGCACAAGGAAAGAGUACUGUCGGAAACCCGGCCGUUCAAAUGCCCUAUGAUGGGCCUGGAGAACUGGCUGCAGCUCUCGACGAUUUUGAUGAACGAAUAAUUAUGGACCCAUUGGCAUACAGCGAAAUCCGUACGCGCCCAUCACUGGAAGAAAGACUUGAAAGUAUAAUCAGUGGUGCUGCACUAAUGGCGGACUCUUCCUGUACUCGUGACGAUCGUCGUGAGCGUAUCGUGGCCGAAUGCAAUGCAGUUCGCCAAGCACUUCAAGACCUUCUGAGCGAAUACAUGUCUAACAUGGGCAAAAAGGAUCGCAGCGAAGGACUGGAUCGUGCCCUUGAUCAUAUGUGUCGUAAGACUCGUGAUCUACGCCGUCAAUUGCGUAAGGCCGUGGUUGACCAUGUCUCAGAUUCGUUCCUGGAGACAAAUGUGCCACUUUUGGUGUUGAUCGAAGCAGCUAAAUCGGGCAAUGAGAAGGAAGUAGAGGAAUAUUCACAGGUGUUUCUCGAGCAUGCCAACAAAUUGGUUGAGGUAGCUAAUUUAGCUUGUUCGAUGUCGGGCAACGAAGAUGGUGUCAAAAUGGUCCGCUAUGCCGCCUCCCAGAUAGAGGCUCUCUGCCCACAAGUUAUCAAUGCAGCACGAAUUCUGGCAGCUCGUCCGCGCUCUCGCGUUGCACAAGAAAAUAUGGACAUUUUCCGCGAUGCAUGGGAGAACCAAGUUCGCAUUCUGACAGAUGCCGUUGACGAUAUCACAACCAUCGAUGACUUUUUGGCUGUCUCUGAAAAUCAUAUUCUUGAAGACGUCAACAAAUGCGUCCUCGCCCUCCAGGAAGGCGACCCUGAUUCGCUGGACAGAACUGCAGGCGCCAUUCGUGGCAGAGCUUCCCGUGUGGCCAAUGUUGUCACCGCUGAAAUGGAUAAUUACGAACCUGGCAUUUAUACCGAGCGUGUUCUUGAAGCUGUCAAAGUUCUACGCGAUCAAGUAAUGCCUAACUUCGCACAAAAAGUUGAAAUGGCUGUCGACGCCUUGUCGAACAAUCCACCUCGUGAUGUCGAUGAAAACGAAUUCAUUGACGCCUCUCGUUUGGUUUACGAUGGUGUUCGUGAAGUCCGUCGCGCCGUUCUUAUGAACCGCGCCGACGAAGAACUUGAUCCUGAAGAAGUUGAAUUGGAUGAACAGUACACUAUUGAUACCCGCAGCAAAUCGAGUAACCACACGCUCGAUUACAUGGUGGACGAAUAUCCAGAUAUCAGUGGCAUCACCACUGCACGUGAGGCUAUGCGUAAACUAAAGGAAGAAGACAAGGCUAAAAUCGCCCAGCAAGUCGAGUACUUUCGCACAGAAAAGUUGAAGUUUGAUCGAGAAGUAUCGAAAUGGGACGACUCCGGAAACGAUAUUAUCGUCCUAGCCAAACAUAUGUGCAUGAUUAUGAUGGAGAUGACGGAUUUCACUCGCGGUCGUGGACCCCUUAAGACUACCAUGGAUGUAAUUAACGCGGCCAAGAAAAUUUCAGAAGCUGGAACCAAAUUAGAUAAAUUCGCCCGUCUGAUUGCUGACCAAUGUCCUGAAUCAUCGACCAAGCAAGAUUUGCUUGCAUAUUUGCAACGUAUUGCUCUUUACUGCCAUCAGUUGAACAUCACCUCUAAGGUUAAGGCUGAUGUACAAAACAUUAGUGGAGAGCUGAUUGUUUCGGGUCUGGACAGUGCUACUUCCCUCAUCCAGGCAGCUAAAAACCUCAUGAACGCCGUCGUCUUGACGGUGAAAGCCUCUUACGUGGCUUCUACGAAGUAUACCAGCCGCCAGACAACCGUCGUAUCGCCUAUCGUCGUUUGGAAGAUGAAGGCACCCGAAAAGAAGCCACUAGUUCGCCGCGAGAAGCCUGAAGAGGUUAGGGCCAAAGUUCGUCGCGCGUCUCAGAAGAAGCACAUCGCCCCUAUUAAAGUCCUAAGCGAAUUCCAAAGUCCUGCCGAAAGCGUUUAAAAGAAAGAAACCAGCAAGCUUGUGGUCGAAUUUAUGAAGAAAAACAACGCCAGCAAACGUCCCAUUCUCUUUUUAGAGUAACGGGGCUAUCUAUCAGAAGCGAGUUGGUACAGUGGCUUAUUUUUUUGUAAUUCGGUGAAUCAGCAUUGACCCACGACUUUCCAUUUUCAGCCUAUGUUUAUUUUCCCUUCGAAUGAGCGAUCGUCUUUCUUCGAAUGUGUCAUUUACGACGAAACGCUAAAAUCUAUCAUAAUAUUAUCAUUUCGUCUUCCAUUCCUAAUUAGUUGUAGGAAUGGAGGACUUUCAAAUCUUUUAGAUGAAAGUCCUAUCUCUAAAAUGUCAAAAUCAUGGCUCAAUGCUUAUGAAAAAAGCCAAAGCUAGUGCGGCCGUUUUCUUCUAUUCAUAUUAAGGAAUGCGCAUUUCAUUUCUUACAAUUCUGUUCGCCUCCACCCCUUAUUUUUGACUUAACGAGAACAAUUUCUGUAUUAUUUUUUCUGGUUUAAGAAGUAAUUGAUUUGGACAGCUUCGAAAUUAGUAAUAGUAAAAUAGAUCCCUUCCCAUCAUUUUGUAAGCGGCCGACAUUCAAUCCACUACAGAGAGACUUAAUUAUAUCCAUUCCUUCGAAAUUACAAUUUACAAACCAAACCUUAUGCGAUAAGUUCCCUUAAGUAACCGUUCAAACAAUUUUUAUUAUUUUUUGAGCGUUUCCUUUAUAAUUAUCUCCUUUUCCUCAAUCCUGACAUCAUAUCAAUACGAUUAAAAACCACUUUUUUUUUCAUUCGAUGUGUUGUUUUGAUAUCGGUGUUCUAAUUUCAUACACGGUUUAAAGAAAAA